AUGAGUUUCACAGUGGACCACCACUUCAUGGGCCCGGGCUCGUACCGCAAGGCUCGGCCGGCGUCGGUGUCCUCCAGCGGCUUCCACUCCCAGCGCCGCCGCCUCGCCUACAGCCAGCCGUCCUCCCUGGACGGCCUGGAGACCUUCGGCGGCGACAUGACGCGGAGGAGCGAGAAGGAGAUCCUGCAGGCUCUCAACGACCGCUUCGCCGGCUACAUCGACAAGGUGCGCAACCUGGAGAUGCACAACCGCAACCUGGAGGCGGAAGCCGCGGCGCUGCGCCAGAGCCAGGCCGGCCGCAGCUCCGUGGGGGAGCACUACGAGCGCGAACUGAACGACCUGAGGGGUCUCCUGCAGCAGCUGACCGGGGAGAAGACCCGCGCGGCUCUCGAGCACGAACACCUGGAGGAAGACAUCCAGCACCUGCGCGUCCGGAUGGAGGACGAGGCGCGGAACCGGGAGGAGCUGGAGGCGGCGACCCGAGCCAUGAAAAAGUACGCCGAGGAGUGCCGGCUGGCGCGGAUGGAGCUGGACAAGAAGCUCAGCGCCCUGGAGGAGGAGGCCGCUUUCCUCAAGAAGAACCACGAGGAAGAGGUGUCCGAGCUCCUGGUGCAGAUUCAGGGCGCACAGGUGAGCUUCGACAUGAGAGACAUGCUCAAGGCGGACGUCACCAGCGCGCUGCGAGAGAUCCGCUCUCAGCUGGACAGCCACGCGUCAAAGAGCGCAACGCACGCGGAGGAAUGGUUUAAAGUGCGCAUGGAGCGCCUGUCUGAUGCAGCAAAGUCUAACCAGGAUGCCAUCCGCGGGACCCAGGAAGAGAUUGGAGAGUACCGCCGUCAGCUCCAGAGCCGCACAAUUGAACUGGAGACUCUUCGGGGAACCAAGGAUUCACUGGAGAGACAGCGAAUGGAGAGUGAAGACAGACAUCAAGAUGACCUCAGCUCACUACAGGAGACCAUCAACCAACUUGAUAACGAGCUGAAAACCACCAAAUGGGAGAUGGCCGGACAGCUGAGGGACUACCAGGACCUGCUGAAUGUAAAGAUGGCCCUUGACAUUGAGAUCGCUGCUUACAGGAAGUUACUGGAGGGUGAGGAGAAUCGCUUCGUGUCUGGUGGCACUUCCUACUCCUACAUGGAGAGCAGAAUCUCCACCCACAUUAAGGUGAAAGCUGAGGAGAUCUCAGAUACAGUCAUUGUGGAGGAACAGACCGACGAGACACAGGUGACCGAAGUCACAGAGGAGGCAGAUGAGGAGGAAGAAGAGGACAAAAAAGAAGAAGCAGGAGAGGAAGAAGAGGAGGGUGAUGACGCCAAAGAGGAGGAGGGUGAAGAUGAAGAGGAGAAACAAGAAGAAGAGGGAGAGGAAGAAAAGGAGGAAGAAGAUGAGGAGGAGGGAGAAAAAGCUGAGGAAGAAAAGGAGGAGGAACAGGAAAAAGGAGAAGAUGGUGAAGAAGAAAAAGGUGAGUCCCCUCAGUCCAAAUCUCCCGCUGUUAAGUCACCAGAACCCAAAUCUCCACAAAAGUCUCCAGAAUCCAAAUCACCAGCAGCUAAAUCCCCAAUGCCCAAGUCUCCUGCUAAGACCCCUGAAGUCAAAUCUCCUGCAGGAGAUGAGUCCAAAUCACCGGAGUCAAAGUCCCCACCCAGUAAAUCCCCCGAAUCUAAAUCUCCUCCCCCCAAGACCCCUGAGCAAAAGUCUCCAGAGAAAGAGAAGGCCACGCCUGUUGAUGCCAAAGACACCCACAAAGAGGAGAAAAAGGAGGAGAAACCUCAGCCUGUCAAGGAGGAAAAGAAGGAGAAAGAACAGCCUGUAAAGGAAGAGAAGAAACAGGAGCCCAAAGACAAAGAGCCAGAGAAGACAGACAAGCCUGACCCAAAGAAAGAGAGUAAGGUGGAUGAAGCACCAAAAAAGGAGGAAGCUUCCAAACCUGAAACUCCCAGCAAGCCCUCCGAGGACAAACCUACCUCCAAACCUGAGCCUAAAGAGAGUGCUCCCCCAGCUAAAGAGCAGAAGGCGUCUGCUCCACCAUCAGAGAAGGCCGAGGCCGAAGCAAAGGCCGCUCCCAAAGCAGCUCCUGAGAAAGCAGAGAGCAAGAAGGAAGACAAGAAGCCAGAAGAAAAGCCUGUGCCCAAGGUAGAGCCCGAGAAGACAGAGAGCAAGAAAGAGGAAAAGAAGCCAGAGGACAAAAAGGAGACAAGUAAAGAAGAGAGUAAAGACGCAAAAGAGGGAGCAAAAAUGGAGAAAGCUGAGAAAUCCGCUGUCACUGAAUCCAAGGACAGCAAGGAGGAGAAGGCCAAGAAGUAA